UAAACAGCAGCAAAGGACACAGAGCUCCAGCAGAGAGCUGUUAUCGACCUUUAAAGCGUCCUGCUCGAGCCGCCCGUGUCAGACAAGGGGAGGGAGUGCGAUCCUCGGCAGUGUUCUGAGACUGCACUCAACCACUUCCCCACACCUACGGAGAAAUACCGCCCUCAGCCCAGGCAUGGACUUCUAGGACAAGAGAUAAAUGGUCGUACGCCAAGUCGUGGAUGUUGCCGAGGUUUACCCUUAGAAAGUUUUCUUCUUGUUGUUGCUGUUUGAGAGUUGAGUGAAGGGCGUCCGAUUAGGAAUCUCGUCGUCAUUAGUCAACCAUGACUGCUGAAAAGGAGAAGAAGAGGCACCCGUCGGAGCGGCGGAAGGAGAAGUCACGGGAUGCGGCUCGCUGCAGACGCAGUAAAGAGACAGAGGUGUUCUAUGAGCUGGCCCACCAGCUGCCCCUGCCACACAGUGUCCGCUCCCACCUGGACAAAGCAUCCAUCAUGAGACUGACCAUCAGUUUCCUCCGCACACACAAACUACUGGCAUCAGGCUCUGUGAGCAGACAGCCAAAAGAGGACACACAGAUGGACGUUCUCUACCUGAAGAGCCUGCAGGGCUUCGUAGCCGUGGUGACAUCAGAAGGAGACAUAAUCUUCCUCUCAGAGAAUGUCAGUAAAUUCAUGGGCCUCACACAGGUAGAGUUAACAGGACACAGCAUCUUUGAUUUCACACAUCCUUGCGACCAUGAAGAAAUCAGAGAAAACCUCAGCAUCAAAGCAGGACCUGUGUAUGGCAGGAGGUGUAAGGAGCUGAACACUGAGCGAGAUUUCUUCAUGAGGAUGAAAUGUACAGUCACCAGCAGAGGACGUACAGUCAACCUUAAAUCAGCUGCUUGGAAGGUGCUACACUGCACAGGACAUCUGAAGGUGUACACCAGUCGCCCUCCUCAUGUUUUGUGCGGAUUUACUGAGCCUCCCCUCACCUGUGUGGUUAUGUUGUGCGAGCCCAUCAUUCACCCCUCCAAUGUGGACAUGCCUCUCGACAGCAAGACCUUCAUGAGUCGACAUAACAUGGACAUGAAGUUCACCUACUGCGAUGAGAGGGUGAGAGCACUGAUGGGUUACAGACCAGAGGACUUGCUUGGGCGCUCAGCAUAUGACUUCUACCAUGCACUAGACUCCGACAGUUUGACCAAGAGUCAUCAGAAUUUGUGUGCUAAGGGCCAGGCUGUGAGCGGGCAGUAUCGGAUGUUGGCAAAGCAUGGGGGUUACGUGUGGGUGGAGACGCAGGGCACAGUUAUCUACAACAGCCGCAACUCCCAGCCACAGUGCAUUGUGUGCAUCAACUAUGUCCUCAGUGAAAUCGAAGAGAAGUCUGUUGUCUUCUCCAUGGACCAGACAGAGGCGCUGUUCAAGCCCCAUGAUAUGCUGAGCACAAGUGAACUCUUCCAGGCUGGCACAGUUUCUGAUCCAGCCAGCAUGCUCUUUACCAAGUUCAAGGAGGAGCCUGAGGAACUAGCCCAGCUUGCGCCCACACCAGGAGACACCAUCAUUGCCCUGGACUUUGGAAAGCCACAGUUUGAAGAACCAUCCAUCUUCUACAGGUCCCCUAGUCAGGUUGCAAUCAGUAAGCUGUGGAAACUUGAUUCUCCAGCAUCCAGCUCUGACAGUGGCCUGGCCAAAUCUCUGUCCAGCUCCACGCUUAGCCUGAGCAACUGCAGCAGCUGCUCCACACCUAACAGUCCAGGAAGAGAUUGUUAUGGCAUUGGGGAUAAUGACCUGAAUGUAGAGCUGACAGAAAGGCUGUUUGCACAGGACACUGAGCUGAACAGUCCCACUGACACCCAGUUUGACUUGAAUGAUCUGGAUCUAGAAACACUGGCACCGUACAUCCCCAUGGACGGUGAGGACUUCCAGCUGAAUCCCAUUAGUCAGGAGGAGCCUUUAUCUGAGCCAGGCCCAAGUCUGUACAACACGCCCCAGCAUAAUUUUAGCUCUGUCACUAGCCUCUUCCAGCCCUUGGGCCCCUUCACCUCUGAAAGCAAGAGCUGUCCCAACUCCUACUCAGAAACAGAGCUCAUGCCCCCUUACCAGACCCCGGCCAGCAUCUCACUCUCUAGAGGGGGCAGGAAGAACCUGCAGUGGCCCCCAGACUCACCAUUACAGUAUGGAGCUUCUGAGAUGAAUGGACAGAAUCUGACUUGUGCACAACCACUUCAAAGAAUUUUCAAGAACUUUGUUCAGCCAUGUGAUGACACAAACCUUGGUCAGAUUCCACUGGCCACCAACUUCAAACGCAAAAGGCAGACACAGUUCAGUUCGUCAUGCUCCUUCUCAAAUGUUUCUCAGGAGGAGAUUACUCGCAGUGAGUCCAUGAAAGACAUGUGGAAGCGCAUGAAGACAGUGAACAAUGGUAAUUGUGCCUUUGCUGCCAGAACGCCCAUUAACCCAGGAGUUCUUGAAGACAAUUUUUCAGCCAGACAAACAGGUGUGGGUUCUCCGCUUAGUCACAGUCAGCCUCCUCCAGAGCAGCGGAGCUCUACAGAGCGCAAACAGCCUUUCACUGAGCAUUUCUGUCCUCCUGAAUACAAUCAAUACAACAUGCUGCCUUCUACCAAACUCACAGGCAUGACAAGUCGACUCCUGGCUCCAUCCUUUGAGUCCUUCUGCCUGACGGAGCUGACGCAGUAUGACUGUGAUGUGAAUGUUCCACUGCAAGGAAACCUUCACCUGCUGCAGGGCAGAGACCUGCUCAAAGCUCUGGACCAGGCCACAUAGUCAGAGCUACUACAGUAACCCAGCAAUGCUGCCUAAAGUCUCUGUGCCUAAAUACAGCAUACCACUCUCUGAACAGUUGCCUUUCACACUACACAUUUAUUUACAGUUUCAGAAUCUCUACAUGACAGAACCCAUAACUCAGAGACAGCAGUUUCAACCUCCAUGCAUCAAUGCUUGCUUCCAUACCAGACAGAUAAAAUGUGUAUUAUAUUUUUAUCUAAGAGUCGUUACUUGUUUUUUAGGUGUUUAGAUAAUAUAUCUAAGCACCUUAUUCUGUGGCUUUUACUGAUGUCUCUCUCUGUUGCAUAUUAUGCUCAUGUUCAUUCAUACUGGACUAAGUAUGAAUUGUCAAAGGCGCUUUACUGACAAAUGGACAGAUUUACCAGCUGUUUUUCUGGUGCAGUUUUCCAAGUGAGAUUGAAUGAAUUGCAUCAGCAAAAACGUGGUAAGGUCAGAUAAUGAAAGCACGUUUUCUCUGUAAACUUAAUUUGGACAGUUUGUAUCUAUAUUUCAUGCUUUCUCAAUCUCUCCUAACAUUCCCCAAUCAAUUACCCUGACAAUGAUGCUGUACAUGGCAUAGCUUUCCUCCACAUCCAGUGAAGCACUUUAUUUAAAAAGAGCAUCUAAAGGACCCAUAUAAGAGCGAUUCCAUGUUUUCUGUAGACCAAAUAUGAGAGAAAGCAAUAUUACUUUUGACCCCAAAGUGGUGUGAUUUCCUUGCAUCUUCUCACCUACAACCAUACUUACACCUGUACCAACUGAUUCCAGGUGGUUUUGCUCACAGUAAUGGCAAAACUGUUAACUCAAAAGUUAUGUUUUCUCAUAAAAACAUGGUCAGAGUUUGUAUUUGGUGUUCAUCAAUGAGCUUGGUACUUUUGUCUACCCAGCAGUAGACACAGAGUGUAAUCAGUAGCUUACAUUUUUCUGUUUUUGGCAUUCUUAAUAUUGUUUAAAGAGAAAUGUUUAACUGAUUGUAUUAUAUUUUUUGCUGAUGUGUAUGGCAUCCAUCUGAUACUAUGAAUCUCCUAUAUCUUUCGUUAGAGAGUAUGUGAAAUUUGUAUCUAAUGUUAUAGGUGCUUUUUAAAGGAAAGAUGAUUUAUAAGUGUGCAUAAAGUAACAAUAAUAGUUUUCAGCUAUUCCAUUGUCACUAUGUAGCAGUUCGGAAAUAUUCAAGGCACAUCAUUCAUAAAAGAAAGUAACUCAAACUGUAUUUAACAUAGUGUUGCAUUGAAUGGAUUCAUGCAGCUUAAAGAUGAACCAACAUACUUGUUCUGUAUUUAUUUGUUCUGGUAAUCCUGUGUUGUUUCUGGGAUUAAUUUCCUUUAAUUGCUAUAGUUGAAAUCAGAUUUCUGUUGACUUUCAGAUUUCUUUCUUUAUACUGUCCAUAAAGCCCUUCAUACCCAUAUGGAAACUGUCAUGUGGAAGACACGCACAUACACAUUGUAACUGCCAAGUAUAAAGAAAGUAAUUACAGAAUGGCUUCUAUUUUCAUCAGCUCUUGUAGAUGGCUAGCUACCAGUGACUGCAAGGGUCUAUAUGUGGGCUGUGCUGUAUUGCUUGUAUGGUAGUUAGACUAGUGGUAUGAGAGCACUACCUACUCAGUCAGCCCACUGGUGCAGCUCUCAGCACACACACACUCACUGUCAACAGACGUAGAAAAACGCUAUGUAUAUCCUCCCUUCGAAUGUGAAAGCUAUUUUUAAAUUUACAUGCAUAAUGACUGUGUAAACUGUUGAUGGAGCCAAUAUUUAAUUUAAAAUAUGCCAGUAAUGCAGCCUCUACAGCUACCUUUUAAGUUGUUUUUUCUUUUUCUUGAGGGGAGGGCAUACAUAAUCUAAUGACUGUACUGACUACAACCUGACUGCCUUUAAAUGUUGUCUUUAUGUAAAAGUGAUGUUGGAUAAAAGUACUUUUAUGUUUAUAAAAA